CAUGUUUUCGUUGCCAGUCAGCCACCAGCUGUUGAGUGUGGCGCUAGGGCACGGUGCGGCUGUACGACCGCAAAAUAUAAAAUUUCUUCUUAUAACGUUGCGUUUAUUUGUAAAGUUUAACUAGUAAUUAAUAUCUACAGUAUUUUGUGUAUUAUGUGGAUAGUACAAGUGUGGUAAAAUAACAAAAUCGAAAUGGGGUUAAAUUAUAUUCUAACAUUAUUCUUCGUUGUCCUAGUUGACUAUGUUGUUGCCGAAAGCAAGUGUUGUCCACCAGGACAAGUUCUACUCAUGAGAAAGGAUGUGUGCUGGGAACCAAAAUCUAAUGUCACAGAACCAAUACCGUUAAAGUGUAAAGUGACGAUAAGGUUCAUAAAAAAUUAUUAUCUCAAUGAUAAAGACCAACUGAAACUACACUUAGGAGAAGAUUUAGACGAUGAAACAGUCGACGCUAACUCGUACUGUUUAGGGAACUAUACAACAAUAAAAGAUGUCAAUCUGACUAAAACCAAGGCGGUGGCGAUAGUAUGCGCUGAUGAAGAAGAGGAGAUCAUUGAUGAUAGGAUUCUCGGCUAUACUAUGAUAAUCUCCAUUAUAUUCCUGGUGAUGACCAUAUUUGUUUAUAGCUUGCUACCUGAACUUAGAGAUGUUCAAGGUAAAAGUAUUAUAAACUUUUGCAUUAGUCUCGCUAUUGGCCUAGGAAUACUCGUCAUUAUGAAACUUAUGACUUAUUAUGAUAUGGGCUGGUGUGCAACCCGAGGUUUUCUGGCUUACUUCUUUUUAAUUGCUGCGUUUUUCUGGUCGAACGCGAUAUCAAUACAGGUCCUGAUAAACACAAGACGACCUGCGAUAUCAAUGGACCAUGGCUGGAAACACUUUAAGUUUUAUAUGUUAUAUGCAUGGGGCUGCCCAAUAGUCCUGACUGCAUGCAUGGCAAUCGUGAACUUUUAUCCGGGUAAACAUCAGAAACCUGGAAUCGGAUUGAAUCACUGCUGGUUCUUUAAUAAACAUCAACAAUGGUACUACAUGUACAGCAUCAUGUUCCUACUCUUGGUGAUCAACUUUUGUAUUUUCGUCUACACAUCGUUUCUAAUAUGGCGGAUACCUGUAUCAUCCAGUAUUAAAAGAGCGGUGAAAUACAAGCUCGGGAUGACCGUGCAACUUAUCGUGCUGAUGGGUCUACCUUGGGUUUUCGAAAUGAUUAGCUCAUUAGCACCGAAACACAUUAUUUGGACAAUAUUGGAUAUCAUCAACACGCUACAAGGAAUACUAAUAUUUUUGCUGUUGGUUGUGUUCCGCAAACGAGUAGUGAAAGUGAUGUACCAACAUGGCUGGCUGGACUGUAUAUCAAACUUCGUUGAGAAGUACUUGGCAACGAAAGAUGACGAAGAAAACGUGGUUCAACACACAGAUGUCCCAAUGAAUGACAGGACAGUCCUAUAAAACCUUUUCGGCUCUUAGUCGAAAAGGUAGACUGAGACUAGUCGCAUUUCGAUCGCUUGGCAAAUUAGUAUAUGAACGUUUAUAACGUAGACACGUAGGCUAAUUUUUAAAGUGCACUUGACUAUAAAAAAUAUUUGUUAAUUUUUGGCGCUCUGCCUGGGCAGCUGGACUGCUGGGCAAGUGCGCAACGUCGCGGGUCGCUUGGUUCGAUUCCCACGUGACACGACAAAAAAAAUCCUAGUGUAGGUCGACGUUAAAAAAAAUGUCACAGUUAAUAUAGAAAUAACAAUGUAAACAAUAAUAAAUCAUAGCAUGACUCAACUUAACAUACUCGUACUUAUCCUCGGGGACUUCAAUGCCAGGAUCUUGGCUUGGGAUUCCCGGAUCACCGAUAAGCGGCGUAGGAUGGUAGAGGACUGGGCUUUCGAGACAGGCCUAGUCGCCCUGAACUGGGGUCCUGUCUAUGUGUAUGAAGUAUUAAAUAAAAAAUAUCAAAAAGAAUUAACGUUACUUAUGAUCAACGUGCUUGUGUAUUGAUCGAGAGUGUUCAAAAACGCUUUCUUUGGCACGUAUAGAGAAGCCUACAAGGCUUGAUUACCUAAGUUAAAUUAUGUGAGUGCAGUGUUUAUUUUUAAAUUAAUUUUAUACAGCUUUUGUACAAAUGUAAAAUAAGAUAAUAGGGCAGUAAGUAUUUAGGUAGGUACAUGAUAAUAAAUCGAAAUAAAGGUAAUAUUUUUUUUAAAUUAAAAAAAAAAUCAUGGAUAAUUGUAGUACAUAUAUACAUAUAAGUAUAGGAGUAACAGCGCGUUAAUAAACUAGUCCAGAAUACAACAAAAUAGACUGUAAUCUGUUUCUGUAAUAAACUUCAUUAGUAUGUAAUGAAAACAAGAAACCUGAAUUACGUGCAAUUAUAAUAAUUGCACGUAAUUCAGGUAUUGUAUUGUAGUACAUCUAUAAUAUUGUUGUAUAUCUACAUAUAAAAAUAAGUCGUGUUUUCCUUUCUGACGCUAUAACUCCAGAACGCACGAACCGAUUUCCACGGUUUUUCUUUCGUUGGAAAGGUUUCGGGCUUUGUGAGGUUUGAAAGGAAAGAAAAUUCAGGAAAAAGUAUAGUAGUAUCGAUACUACGAUUAUGCGCGCUGACGCGUGUCGCCGGGGUGUCGUCAUUAUCAAUUUUCAGUGAUGAGAAACAUUACAAUUAAAAGAAUGUUUUUGCUAGUUUUUUAAACUACAUACAUAUAAUAAUAAUAAGGUAUUAAUUUAUUUAAGUUGUAAAUAGUUUAGUUUUUAGUUGCAUAAAAUUGUAAACAUGUAUUUGUGUGAUUAUUUUAAUACUGCAAGCGCGAUUAAUAAAAUUUAUAUAAAAAUACCAAGAACUGUAGGUAAUAAAAUACAGACUUCGUUACAUGUGAGGUGUGACUUCCGUAACUGUAUAAAAAAAAAUGGGCGUAAAAUUAUACCUACAAUUUAUUUCUCGUUUAGUAUCCUACGGAUGUUUAACUUUAUUUACUUACUUAUCUAUAAACUUGCUAUUUUCCAGUGACAUAAAUCAUAAAUAUGACUCAUGCACAUCGUUCAUUAUAACAAAUGUAAUGUUAAUGUAUUAAAAAUAUGACCACCGUAA